CAAGAAGACAGAAACAUCAGUUAACUAGUUACCUGCCACCUGUAUUAGCAUGGUGUCAUGGAUCCGAACAAACUGCUUCUUUUCCACGAAAAUGUAAAUGGACAAUCCAGAAGUUAGAGAAGAUUAUUACCUGCUAUGGAAUACAAUAUAACGCGAGGAACAGUAAGACCUAGAAGAACUAGUGGAUGGUCCAAGUACAACAGACAAAAAGUCAUGAGAAACAGUUUUAUUGAUUCAAUCCAUAACAAAUUUAGGAAAAUAAUACCUGAGGAACAGCAUGAGUCAGUUAUACAAACUGACAACACAGGGACAAACCAAAGAGACAACAUUAGAGGAAGCAAUACAAUUAACUUGGCCACGAUAUUUACUGAUUACUGUGACAAAUGUUCUCUUCAUGGUCUGAAGUAUAUCGGGGAUUUGCAAUUACAUCCUGUGGAAAGGAUGUUCUGGACCAUAGCAUUCAUACUGGCGAUAGUAACAGCAGCCUACUUCAUCACAUUUCUCUAUCAUAAGUGGAAUGAAAGCCCUGUCAUAGUGUCUGUUGGUGCCAAAGCUACACAGCUCAUCUCCAUUCCCUUUCCGGCAGUAACUGUAUGUAACAUGAAUAAAGCCCGGAAGUCCAUAGCAGAAGAAAUUAUUAACUCAAAAAAUCCUGAUGAUGACCUGAACAAGAUACUGCUGAGAGACAUGUGUGAUGACAACUUUAGUGCAUACAACACGCCCGUAGACGACAAUAUGCAAAAUCGCAUUGGGAACUGGGACACGAUACAGAAUUUCAUGACAUACGUCAGGCAACCAUGUCAUGAAAUGAUUCGAUCAUGUUACUAUGCAGGAAAUCUCGAAAAAUGUGACGAUAUAUUCAAUCCUUCACUCACCGAUGAAGGAAUAUGCUGCUCCUUCAACAAAGUCAAACGCGACUUUAUAUUCAGAAACCCACGUGAUCUUUCCGAUCUCAACGUGACAUUCCCACUGCCAAAUACCAACUGGACCCCAGAAACAGGGUACCCACCUGAUACUGCAACAGGAACACAGCCCUGGAGACCUCGUGGUGCAGGGUCACAUUUAGGACUCACACUAGUGUUAGAUGCCAAUACAGAUGAUUACUAUUGCUCAUCUACAGCUAGUAUUGGUUUCAAGAUAAGGCUCCACAAUCCUAUUGAGACACCAAAGGUGGCUGAGUUCGGAAUAUUAAUAUCUCCUGGACAAGAGUACAGGGCGGUUAUCAAGCCAAAAAUAAGCAAUGCUUCAUCUUCACUCCGAACAAUUCCAGAAAACAAGCGUCAAUGUGUUUUCUCCGAUGAAAGAUAUCUCAAGUUCUACCACACUUAUACACAGAGAAACUGUGCUUUGGAGUGUGAAGCCAACUACACCCUUGCCACAUGCAUGUGUGUGCCUUACUACUUGCCAAAGGAUGCUGACACUACGAUAUGUGCCAAGAAGGAUGAGAACUGCACAACAAAUGCUCGAAGGGCCAUUGAGAUGCGCCUUGUGGAUGAAUCUCUCAACACUUCAAAUUCUGAAACAGUCAGUAAAGAUCUACCUCCUAAGCACUGUCAGUGCCUGCCAGGAUGCAGUGAGCUUAGAUACGGCAGCACUCUCUCAUCUAGCACAAUGUCUGGAUAUUUCGCUAUGAACAAAGAAUAUAGUACAAAGGAUGGAACGUAUUUCAGGAGAAAUGUGGCAGUGGUGCACCUGUUUUUUACAGAGUCACAGUUCAUGAGCUAUUACAAGUCAGAGCUGUUUGGACUCACUGAAUUUCUUUCAAAUACUGGAGGACUACUUGGACUCUUCCUUGGCUUUAGCUUCCUCAGUGUUGUGGAAGUUAUAUAUUUUAUCUCCAUGAGAUUGUGGUGCAAUGUAAUCCACAGACAACAACACGCUCCUAACCAACAGAAAUCCUUACUUCUAAGCAACUCCAGUCAUGUUAGUGUAGUCACUCCAUAUCCAUUUGCUCAGUAAUUGAUCACAAUGCACUAUGAUCAUACACUAUUUCACGCACCUUAUAAAUCAGUGGUUAUGUAAUAAAAAUUUGCAAUACAUUAAUAAAAAUCCUUGCCAUACCUCA